GCGCGCACUAAAAAGGAAAAAACAGAACCUUUCACUUCACUCGAAUCGAAACAACUUCCUCUCUCUCUUCUCUCUCCUCCCAUGGCGACGGCGGAGGUGGCCGAGUCCCGAAAGGUUCCCCGCCCAGGCCGCGGCGGCGUCGUAUCCCAUAACCUCACCGAAGAAGAAGCCAGGGUAAAAGCCAUAGCCGAGAUCGUCAACAACAUGGUCGACCAAUCCCGUCGAGGCGACACCGUCAACCUCAACGCCCUCAAGUCCGCUGCCUGCCGCAAGUACGGCCUCUCCCGUGCCCCCAAGCUCGUUGAGAUGAUCGCCGCGCUGCCCGAGUCGGAGCGCGAGUCGCUCCUCCCCAAGCUCAAGGCCAAGCCCGUCCGCACGGCGUCCGGCAUCGCCGUCGUCGCCGUCAUGUCGAAGCCGCACCGGUGCCCGCACAUCGCCACCACGGGGAAUAUCUGUGUUUACUGUCCCGGUGGGCCCGAUUCGGAUUUUGAGUACAGUACGCAGUCGUAUACGGGGUACGAGCCCACCAGCAUGCGGGCGAUUCGUGCCAGAUAUAACCCAUAUGUUCAGGCCAGAAGUAGGAUAGAUCAACUGAAGCGAUUGGGUCACAGUGUCGAUAAGGUUGAAUUUAUCUUGAUGGGAGGUACUUUCAUGUCAUUGCCAUCAGAUUAUCGUGACUAUUUUAUAAGGAAUCUUCAUGAUGCUUUAUCGGGGCACACUUCUGCUAAUGUUGAAGAGGCAGUUUCCUACUCUGAGCACAGUGCUACAAAGUGUAUUGGAAUGACCAUUGAAACGAGGCCCGAUUAUUGCCUUGGACCUCAUUUGAGGCAGAUGCUUUCUUAUGGUUGUACACGGUUGGAGAUUGGGGUUCAAAGUACGUAUGAGGACGUGGCUCGUGACACCAAUAGGGGCCACACAGUAGCUGCUGUGGCUGAUUGCUUUAGCUUGGCAAAGGAUGCUGGUUUCAAGGUUGUUGCUCAUAUGAUGCCCGAUCUUCCAAAUGUUGGAGUUGAAAGGGACAUGGAAAGUUUUAAGGAAUUUUUCGAAAGCCCUUCAUUCAGAGCUGACGGGCUUAAAAUCUAUCCCACACUUGUCAUUCGUGGAACUGGACUCUAUGAGCUUUGGAAAACUGGCAGGUAUAGAAACUACCCACCUGAGCAACUUGUGGACAUUGUAGCUAGGAUCCUAGCCAUGGUACCCCCUUGGACACGUGUUUAUAGAGUUCAGAGGGAUAUUCCGAUGCCACUGGUUACUUCUGGGGUUGAGAAAGGAAAUCUUCGCGAGUUAGCUUUAGCUCGGAUGGAUGAUUUGGGCUUGAAAUGCCGAGAUGUUCGAACACGUGAAGCUGGAAUACAGGACAUUCACCACCAAAUAAAGCCAGAAGAAGUUGAACUUGUUCGACGUGAUUAUUCUGCCAAUGAAGGCUGGGAAACUUUUCUUUCCUAUGAAGAUACACGCCAGGACAUUCUUGUUGGGUUACUGCGCUUACGAAAAUGUGGGCGGAACGUAACUUGCUCAGAACUUGUUGGGAGGUGUUCUAUCGUUCGCGAACUCCAUGUGUAUGGGACUGCAGUUCCAGUUCAUGGGCGGGAGGCUGAUAAGCUGCAACACCAGGGUUACGGCACACUUCUAAUGGAGGAGGCUGAGAGGAUCGCUCGUAUGGAGCAUAGGUCAACAAAGAUAGCUGUAAUUUCAGGGGUAGGGACCCGUCAUUAUUAUAGGAAAUUGGGAUACGAGCUUGAAGGUCCUUACAUGGUAAAAUGCCUAGUGUAAACAGAUGGAUGGUCGAUGCAACACAAUUUUGUAAUGUAUGUUUUGUAGUUAAAGGGUUUGCUUGACAUGCAGAUUAUUUGUAGUAUUCCAUUUUGUAUAUUUGGACGUUGUUUAUGCCCUUGCCGUUUUCCCCUGAAUUUUAGUACUGGUGCCAAAUAUGUAUCAUUGAGCUAAACAAGGUUUACUUCUUGACUUCUGUUUUAGGGUUAUGAACUGUCGACAAAAUGGUUGUCCCUUCGCUCAAAA